GAAGUGUGAAAUUUCAUCAACAAAUGAUAAGAAUAAUAACGACCAAGCAACAUUAUCAACUUUGAUUAGUUCAUCACCUGAAAAUAAGAGAGUCAGGAUCAAAGCAUCAGACGAACAAUCAUGGUUUCAACAUAAUAAAAUUAACAUGCAGCAACUUUAUGAAAUUAACAUGCAAAAUAUACAAAAUGCAACUUCCUGUAUGACUAUCAGCUCACCACAUGCUAAACAAUCGCAUGCUUCGUCAUCAUCAAAUAUCAUCUUCGCUUCAAACGCAAAUGCUCUACGUGUUAGAAAUACUUCACAAUAUGCUUCUAAUAGUAUGUGCGUUCACCAUAGUACGUUUGUACCAGUUUGGUAUGUUUCUUCAAAAGUUCUUCUAGUAGAUGAUGACUUG